GUAAGAGGGCUUUUGAUUUUUGCUACUUGCAUAUGCUAAUGUGUUGCACACUUCGUGAGCUUGCAGCUUAAAAAUAAGUUAGAAAAUACUUGGACUAACAAUCUGCAUCCCUUCGCUGGAUGUAAGACAAGUGGUGGCAUCUGCAGAGGCAGAAAAGGAAAGACUUGCCUUAUACGGAGAGCUCUGUGCAAUGACACAAUGGCUCCGAUAUAAAGUGUUGCUUGACCUGAGCUUGAAAGCAGAAGAACAAAGAAACACCAAGUGACUGUUUUUGAGACCAAAGAGAAUUGAAAAGGCAUCUAACUCAUCUUGAGAUGGAUAAAUUUAAGGCUGCUAUCUUGCUGGCAGGAGUAGGGGAUGCUCUGGGCUAUCGAAAUUUCACACGGGAAAACAAUGCUUUAGGUGCAAAGAUCCAAGGGGAACUGAAAGAAAUUGGGGGACUUGAGAACUUGGUCUUGUCCUCUGACAAAUGGCCAAUGAGUGACAAUACUCUUAUGCACAUGGCUACUGCUGAAGCUGUCAUCACAGAUUACUGGUGUUUAGAAGACCUGUAUCGGGAACUUGUAAAACGUUACGUUGAUGCUGUUGACAAACUUCCUGGGCGACGGUCAGACCCUGCUACUAUUGAGGCUUGCUUACAACUGAAGCCAGACAACUAUCUCCUAGCUUGGCACACACCAUUUAAUGAGAAAGGUUCAGGAUUUGGAGCAGCGACAAAAGCCAUGUGCUUAGGGAUGAAAUACUGCAAGCCCGAGAGGCUGGAAUCUCUCAUUGAAGUGAGCAUUGAAGUUGGACGAAUGACUCACAAUCAUCCUACAGGUUUUUUGGGGUCACUGUGCACAGCUCUAUUUGUUUCCUAUGCAAUACAAGGGAAGCCACUGGUGCAGUGGGGAAGAGAAAUGAUGAAGGUUGUCCCUAUGGCUGAAGAAUACUGCAAAAAGACCAUUAGGCACAUGGCAGAAUAUCAGGAGCAUUGGUUUUACUUUGAAGCAAAAUGGCAGUUUUACUUGGAGGAGAGAGAAAUCAAUGAAGAAAACCAGAAUAAACCUAACUUUCCUGAGAAUUAUGAUGCUGAGGAAAGAGAAAAGACUUACAGGAGAUGGAGUUCUGAAGGCCGUGGUGGAAGGAGAGGUCAUGAUGCUCCUAUGAUUGCAUAUGAUGCCCUCUUAGGAUGUGGUAGUGAUUGGACAGAGCUUUGCAACCGUGCAAUGUUCCAUGGCGGUGAGAGUGCAGCCACCGGAACUAUUGCUGGCUGUUUGUAUGGAUUGCUUUAUGGCCUCAACAAGGUUCCUAAAGGCUUGUACCAGGAUCUUGAACAAAGAGAGAGGCUAGAAUACUUGGGCGAGACUAUCUAUCGACUAUCUUCAGAGGAAAAGUAAAAAUGUUUUCGCCAUUUUCAUUUCUGUUAUUUUUUAGGAUUACAUCAUGUAGCUAAAUUCCUAAGACUACAAGUUUAAACACAUUUGCAACAAUUUGGGGAAAUAAUUGAGUGUCCAGAAGCCCCACUGUGUUUACAAUCAUGGUAUUAGGUGACAAUUUUCUAGUCAUUUGCUCCAAAAUAUUCCCAUUAGUACAAUUACUAAUUACUAUUAGCAAUAUAGCUAAUUGUACUAUUGUAUUUUUUGCAAGCAGCCCUGAUAAUGUAUUUGAAGGGUAGCGUAUAAAUCUAAAUAAUAUAAUAUAAUAAAUUGAGAGUUUAAAUGAUGCCAGCAUUCAAAAUUUUGGAAUACCUAUUAAUAUUAAUCGUGUUUCUUUAAAUAUAGUCCCUUGGCAUUCCUUUUAAUUUGAAAAUUCUGCCUCACUUGUUUUGUCACUCCCUAUCACCAGUAUUCUCAUGUUCACUUAUGCCAAUAGUUUACAUUAAAAAACUAAUGCUGUCUGCACCCUUAUUUAAGGUAAACUAAUGUUAUAUCCCUUCUUAAGGGAGUAUUCUUGAGAUUCUAAUGUUUUUUCCCUGCAUUUUAUGUAUUCUUUCUGUUUCUCCCUGAACUCCUUUAUCUUAACUUCUCUAUAUCAUCAUCUAGCUCAAGUUCCAUUUAAUAUAUAUAACUACUCUAAAGAGGGAAUGCCAACACUAAGAAGUUGUCCAAGAUAUAGCAGAACAUAAAUAGAUACCAAAAAUAUGCAAACAAAUGUAGCAAAUCGAUGUAGGAAGACAAAUAUUCCUAUUUUAGCUUUCCUAUAUAUUUUUGUGGUGUAUUUUUUUUUUUAUCCUAGACAAACUUUUUAAUGAUUUGGGUGGCUAAAAUUCUUGUAAAUAAAUUAAUCUUAUGCCUCUUCAUAAGCAUUAUUCUUUAUUUUCUUAUUUUGCUCAUUGCAUGUUACUGUGUCAUUGUUGGAAU